AUUUUGAACACCCUGAAGGCCUGCGACUACGAGUGGCACCUCCUUUCCCAGUACAAGCUUCGCUGCCGGCCGCUGAGGCCGACUCCGGAGACUUCUCCAGAGGCCCCUUCCAGCAGCAGCAGCAGCAGCAGCAGCUGCAGCAGCAGCAGCAGCAGCAAGACCAAUGUGGAGUUCGCCUGCGACAGCGAAGACAUCAUUCUGGCCAUUCAGCUUUACAAAGUUGGCAGCUGCAGAUACGUCAUUGACGUGCAGCUCUUCGAGGGAAACGCCAUGGUUUGCAUAUCUGAGGCGCUGUGGAUAACAUCAGCAAUUUAUUCUGCGCUGACGCAGCUGCAGCGGCA